AUGUUUAGGAUUGUGCUUUAUAUACUCGCGAUCUGCUUAUAUACUAUAAACAUUAAUUAUGCUAAAAAAAUAACAGGGAAAACAUAUCUGACCAACCAUCUGGCCAAAGGAAUAUUGAAUAAAACAAAAAAGCCUUAUUCGAAUAUAUUUACAAGACUGAAAAAUUAUACUCUGAAGUCUAUAUAUAAAACUAAGCUUUUAUCCUAUGUUAAUGAUUUAAAUAAUAUAAAUUUGGGAAAUGACAAAAAUGAAUUUUAUUUAAUUACAUUACCCUUAUGUGAAAAAUUCAACCCAUUCGUUGGGACCUUUUGCCACAAUAAUAUACAAUAUAGUGAUAAGGCGUCUUUACCAAUAUUUAUAUACGACAUACUAUUAAAUAAGCACAUUGAAGUGCCGUGGAAUUUUGUUAUAGAAAAAGUUAAUGUAAAGACAUCGGAAAAUUAUAAAAAUGUGUGUAUGCCCAAUAUAACACAUUUCAACAAUUACAAGAAUAUUAAUAAGCUUAACAGAGUUUUUAUUAACGUUCUUGAUUUCAAGGCCAAGAAGAAUUUCAUUUUUUUGCCCACAUGGGUAAUGAAAAGUUUAAAUUUGAAUUGUUUUGAUGUGAUUAGACUUAGAUUUGUUAAAUUGGAAACGGCUUCAAGUGUUGUGUUACAGCCUCAUCAAAAGAAAUUUUUUGACUUGGAAAAUCCAAAGAAAAUAUUGGAGAAAAAGUUGAGAUAUUAUUCAUGUAUUACAAGAAAUAGUACAAUAUCUAUAAAACACGACGAUAUUGUUUAUUACUUUGACGUUAUAAGAAUAGACUCAGAAAAGAAAAAGGAUACAGAAGUUGCUUCUAUUCAAGAUGCGGAUGUCAUAUUUGAUUUUGUAAAAGAAAAAUAUAAUAGUUAA